AUGGCCAGCGCGUGCCCGGGCCAGAAGAACGCCAUGCUCAUCUACGAAGGCUGCAUGCUGCGCUACUCCAACGCCAGCUUCUUCGGCGACCCCUACACGUCCAACCCGAUCUUCCAGCUGGCGAACGACGAGAACGUGACGCAGCCGGAGCGGUUCAUGUCGCUGCUCGGCGUGCUGAUGAGCAACCUCACCAGGGAGGCCGCCUACGGGUCCCCGCGCAGGUUCGCAGCCGGCGAGGUCCAGCAAACAAGCUUCGUGACGCUCUAUGGCUUGGCCCAGUGCACGCGGGACACAAGCGCGGGAAACUGCAUGCUGUGCCUCGCCAUUCUCGUCGAUGCGAUCCCCAAGUGCUGUAACGGGAAGCAGGGCGGCCGGAUCUUCUCGCCGAUCUGCCAGCUCCGGUUCGAGAUUUACCCGUUCUACGACCCCCUGGCCGCCCAGGCGGCCAUGUCACCAGCGCCGGCGCCACGAAGUGGGCCAGUCAACGGCAGCGACCUUCCCGGCCCACAAAACACUGGAAGUAAUAGCACAGUCAGGACAGCACUUAUUAUUGUCUCGAUUCUUGCUGCUGUCAUGCUGCUGCUGUUUGUUGCUGCCUAUGGCUGCAAGAAGAACAGAAAACCAUACAAGCACGUGCAGAUAGUAAGAGACGGACACGGGGCUGAAGAAGAAGAAAUGAGAAGUUCAGAACCUCUCACAUACGACCUGAGUACUCUGCGAGCUGCAACUGACAAUUUUUCAGAGGAAAAUAAGCUCGGGGAAGGAGGGUUUGGGCCAGUCUACAAAAGUACCCUACCAGAUGGGCAGGUGAUUGCAGUGAAGAGACUCUCCAGAACUUCGAAACAAGGGCAUGUGGAGAUGAAGAACGAGGCUGUCCUAGUUGCAAAGCUCCAGCACAAGAACUUGGUGCGGCUUCUAGGCUGCUGCGUCGAGGAAGACGAGAAGCUCCUUAUCUACGAGUUCCUCGCCAACAAGAGCCUCGACAAGAUCCUUUUUGGUGCUCGCUUGACCAUAAUCCUUGCAUGUCAGGCCACUCGGUCCUUUUGUUUACUGAUGAGUGAGCUCAACUUUCAGAUCCUAUAA